AUGCUGAGUGAGAGCUACGAGAUGAGUAAAAUGACUCCAGCUCGAAUUCAACGUCUUUCGGAAGAAAUUGACGUUCUUCUCAAAUCCUUGAGGUCACCUGAAACGGGUCUGUCUUCUGAACCAGCGGACACCAGUGCACUCCAACGUCCAAAUCAAUGGAUCCUUGUUUCAGCUAUACUUGCUGUCGCAGUGAUUAUUAUACUAAUUUUGGCAGUGACAAUUCUUGUCACCCGAAGAUGUACGAGAAAUCGCAUGGACAGAACCAGAAAGGCGUACUAUGCCGAAUCUAAUCGAAGAAUUUCGGAAAAGGCUGACAUCAACUCACCACUGACUCAGGCAAGCCAGAGUAGCCAUCAUUCCGGCUCUCCAAGUUGCUGUGAUGGUCGAUAUGCGCAUCGAAUGGGAAGCAGCGGUCUUGAAAGCCUUCUUCAUGGGCCCCCACAACUUCCUCCAAUAAACUUUGAGAAUUCUGGUGGAGGUGGUGGUUUCAACAAUCCCUGCACAGGUCUCCCUUUCAUGAUGGUUGGCAAUGCAGGCGGUUCAGGUUCUGGACUCCCUGUAACUGGUUCAAUCCUCAGUCAACCAGUUCUCGUACACACUUCGCGAGGGCAUGCUGGUUCUGCAAGUGUCCCAACAUGCAGAGGCUCUGAGUCCGAUUGUAGAACCACGCCGAUUGACAGUGAUUUGGAGAGUGCCAAGUCGGCGAAUCUAGUGUCUUCCUACCCCUAUCACCAUCAUGCCUAUCAUCAACAGAAUACAAUGUCACCGGGGAGAAUGCGAGCCUCUACGGGGUCUCCGGCACAUGCCGGUCUCCUAAGUGAGAAAUUGCUCCUUCCAUAG